ACAGAAACCACACCUAAAAGCCAAAGUUAAUUAGUUUACGCCUCCAUCUCCAAAGACCAAAGAGAUCGAUGGCGCCGUCCAGCAACUACACGCUGAUCGCGUUGCUCGUGGCCUUCGCCGUGGUCGCUCCCAGCCUGCAGCACCAAUCUGCGGCGGCCAGAGACGGAGGAGUAGCCAAGCUUGUGACGGCUCCUGCACCGUCGGCUAACGGUGAAGUCGUCGUUUUGCACCCGACGGCCUCGUAUGAGAUCCCUGACCUGCCACUGCCGCGAAUUAUACCAUGCCCUCCCUUGUUUCCAAAGAUUCCGUUCAUCCCUUGUUACAACGUGGCGCCGCCGCCGCCGCCACCGCCGCCGCGGCCAAAGGAGUGCUGGACAACGCUGGUGAAGUCGCUGGUGCCUCCGUGCUCCGGUUUCCUCACCAACAACGGCGGUGCAUGCGAAUCGGAGGCUCCGAGCAGGAAGUGCUGCGACGGCGUCAAACUAUUCCUAAGCGGCGAUCGAAGCGUUUAUGAUCCUCUUUGCCUCUGCCACGUCAUGAACGGCGACGUCAGCCAGCUUCUGCCGGCGGCCGUCAACCACACGUGCGCGCUCGCCCUCGUGCAAGCGUGUUUAGACGGAGUAAACCCACAGCCAUUUUCCGACCUCUGCAACAACGACCAAUCAAUAAAGGACGAAAUGCCACCGAUGGACCUUCCUGAACCUCCACCACCGGCGACAGGGAACACGGCUUAG